AGGGGGCCUUAGGCCGAGCCCGAGCCCGCGAGACCCUCAGGCGACCCCAGCUUGGGAACUCUCCAAGCUCAUGGGACCUACCUACUCUGGCGGCGGAGGGGCCCUCAGGGACCCGCCCCCAAAUCCCUCCCCUGGAUCCCCCGGGCCCCUGAAACUCUCCCCGAGCUCCACCUACCCCAGCUCUCUUCUCCAGGGAAGCCCAGGUCAGGGCCUGCCCUCACCCCUGCCCCACACUCGCCUUCGGAGAAGGCCAGGCUCCUGCUCUGGGCCUGCCAUCCCCAGGGGGCAUAUCCCAGCCCCCAUCCUCCCCACUUUCCUGCUCCCCAUGGGCUGCUGUCUCUCAGCGCCCCCAAACUCCAAGAGACUUCUCUACCCCAGCUGCCCACUGCCCACCCCCACCUGCAAAUGGUUGCUAUCCUCCAGCUUGAAGCUCAUGGCCAGCUCCCCUCCUUUCCUUGAACCUUCCUCCCGUAGCUCUGGGGGACAGUCAGCCUUCUCCCCCAGAGUCCCCAAGGCCCUGCUUCCAGUGAAAUGUUUUCUGUCACUGCAAAGUGGGAUGAGCAGAGGCUGAGCACCUGGGUGAUGUGGGCAGAGCAGGGCCUCUGAGCCGGCCAGCACCAACCUGCGGGGGCCGGUUAGUUGCCGGGAUACUUGCAUGGAGCAUGGGCUUUAGGGGUCUGCAAGUCAAGGGCAGUGAGAGGCCCCAGCGCAGGCUCCAAGGCAGUCGUUAGAGGCUGGUCUUGUUUAAUACAGAUUCUUUUCUUGCCCCUUGCGGGAAAGCUGGGUCUCAAGCACAGGCCAUUUCUGCUCCUCUUCAGGGAUGGGUUGUCAGGAGCUGUGCCCCCUCCCACCCAGUUGCUUGCCUUUCUGUGCUUGGGCGUUGGUUACUUUUAGCUCUCCCUUCCUGGGCAGGGCACAACCCUGACCAAGGUGGGGCAGCCUGGCCAGGCCUGGACACAGUGUCAGCAGUAUUCUGUCCCCCGAGGCAGCUUUGAACUGAACUGGGUCCGGGGUCUGGCUGUUUUUCCAGGAACAACAGCUUGCUGGCCUUGGCAGUCAGCCCUCUGAAAGCCCUGGGACCCAGCGAAGUGGGAGCCCAUAGCUGCUGACACGCCUCUGGAAGUUGAGCUGGGUCCUGCCAGGUGGAUAUGGUUGGUGGUGGGAGGAAGGAUGAGAAGGACAAAUGCUGGAGAGAAUUAGCUUUCAGGCCCCAGUUACUGAGCACCUUCUCUGCACUAGGCACCAGUCUGUGCCCUGGGAUGGAGCUACGUAUAACUAGACUGACAAGGCACUGAUGUUCUAGAGUGUUCUAGGAGACUGAGAACAGCCAAGUAGGAAAGGAAUAAAUAGAUGAAGGAACAAGACAAUUCUGUAGUGAUGUGUGUGAUGGAAGACAGUGAAACUGGAUGGAGACUGACUGGCAGGCUUCUUUGGCCAGGUUGGUCAGGGAAGCCCUCUCGGAGGAGGUGACAUUUGAGCUGAGACCUGAAUGAGGCGGUGGAAUGAACCUUGGACCGUCUGAGGGAACAGUGUCAUAGGUGUGGAACAGCAACUGUGGGGUUCCUGCGUGGGGAGGAUUUAGGCAUCUUGAGGAACAGAUAGAAGGAGGUCAUGCACAUGAGCAGCAAGGAGAUGUGGCCAGAGGGGUGGGCGAGGGACCAGGAGAGAGCAGAGCGGUGGUGUGUGCCCCCGUAGCAUCACUUUCCCAACCUAAGGGCCCAGGACACCAUGGCUAUUCUGAUGUUCCCUCCCCCCUCUGUUCCUCUCUGUCCAGGUCUGUCUUUGCCGCCCACCUUGGGUAAGACCUGUAUUGUUUGAGUUGGUGGUUCCCCAUGAGGGGUUUGCAGGGGUGGAGGCAGAGGGUGGGAGGGGAGAAUCCUCUCCUGGCUCCUGCUGACAAACAUACCAGGGCAGAGGGGACCUGAGUACAGGUGAUGCGAGAUGUCCCUGGUGCCAGAGAGAAUCCUGCGAUAGGAUCUUUGCCAGGGGGCGAGACAGCUAGAUGACAGCUUGUCCAGGUAGGGCUGUCCCUGAAGCCCGGAUAAGAUCCUAUCUGGCACGGGGCGGGGAGGCCCAGCCAGGCAGGCAGCCGCUCCUACUCAGCCAUUGGCUGCCACCAGCAGCAAGUAGCGUCUGUUCUGGAGCCAAAGCCUCCAGGCAGAAUCCAGGUGCGGGGAGGGAGGGCUUAGAGCUGGCUGUCCUAGGGGGGCAGGUGGGCAGGGGGCGCCCUGUCCCGCAGCUCUGCUGGGCACCAGGGAGUCUCCCUGCCCCUGCCCCCCAGGACACCUGCCCUUCCUGGAGAGACCUGGGGAAAGGGGCCUUGGAGUCUGGCUCUCUCCGGACAGGAGCCCUUGGUGGCCCGGCUCAGGGUGGGUCCUGUCUCUCGUUGAGUGGCCAUGUUGAUGCCAAGCUGGGUAGGGGGAAGGGUGGCCCUGCUCCCCUCCUGCAGGACUGAGGGGGCUGCUGGGUACUCUGCUUAGCUUUUCUGGGUGUUGAGAGUGGAGCUUCCAGGUUUGACACCUCAGGCCUUGAAUGAGUGGGGCAUUCUUCCCAGCUGCGGGUGGGCUCGUGAGAGGCAGAGCAGAUGGUACCGCUCAUCAGUGAUGGAGAAAGUGGCCUCAGCCUUGUUCCUGGCCUUCCCAGCAACAGUGCUACACUCCUUGAUGCCCCCGUGGACAGGGCACAGGCCCUGCGGGCACCCCCUCUCCAGCUUCACGCAGUGCAGUCCCUCAGGGGGAUGUGCGUGUGCUGGGUUCUGAUCCCACUGCCUGUCAGAUUUGUGGGUCCACCUGUUGGCCUUUCCCCCCUCCCCUUUGCUGUACCACCAUGGGUUCCGGGCUGGGUCUUGGUCUUGCAAACUCCACUAGGGACUGAGUGCGGCCAGGUGAGCUGCCAAGCCUUUUGCCACCCAGGCUUCCUGUGGAAUUUUGCUCUUUUGCUGGUUUAUUUCUGCGGGGCUGACUCUAGGGCUUGGGGAAUGGGCCUGUGCUUGGACAGACACAGCAGUGGUGCUCCUGAGAGUGUGGCAUCACAGUCACCUGGGCAGGUAGCCGGUUGGUGGAGCCCUGACAAGAGGCCUGCGCCAGGCAGGUGGAAGGUUUGGUUUUGGCGGUUUCACAGCAUUCGAAAUAAAAAUAGCCUUAGUUUUUAAGGCAGAAGCUCUGGGUCCCAAGUGGGCAGACAGUUGCCCAUGGAUUUAUUUCCUCUUUUAAAGUAGGUGGAUUUAUUCUCAUUUUUUUACUGAUGGGGAAACUGAGGCACAGAGAAGCAAAGUGGGUGCCCAGAGCUUCCAGGUCACUAGAUUCACAUUCCUGACUGUGCCACUCCCCAGACGGCCUUGAGUGGACUCAGAGGCCUUGUGGCCAGUGGCCAGCCUGCUGUCAUCUUGGAGAGGAAUUUUAGGGAGCUGGUCCUGGCCAUGGGGGCAAGGCAGCCCCACGGGAAGGCAGUAGCAGAGAAGCUGGCCAGAGCCCAGGUGUGGCAGGGCUGUUUGGGAUCAGUGCUGGGGAGGGGACCCUAGGCAAGCAGAGCCCUUGGGUGUCCCAUCUGGGAGGGUCUUGGGCCCCAGAAGGCUAGGAUAGAGGGAGUGAGUGGGCAGAGAGGCAGCUGAGGGUGUGCGGAGGAGGCUGUCAGGUGCAAAUAGGCUAGGGGAGCAAUCCCCUCUCUGCCCGUCCCCUUGUUUGUGUGUGCCCACUGGGGUAGGCCCAUCUGUUCCUUGUUAGGGACUCCACAGACAGUCCUCCCAGAGAGUAAUUAAUGCCGCGUUGCUGGCAGAUCCAGCAGCACGCCAGCCCCAGGGCUUCAUCCUGGUAGCACAGAUGCCCAGCUGACCCCAGAAAUGCUGCUCCGUUCCCACCUAGCAAUCCUGGAGACACAGUGUGUGGGGAGGUGGCGGUGGGGGAGGCACGGUGCCGGCCAGGCCCUGCUGCUGUGUCUGGGUGGCAGAGAGGGUUUCGGUGCUGGUAGGCAGCCAGAGAUGGCCACAGGACCUUCUCACCACCCUGGGCCUGCCUUCAUCCAUCGCCUGCUCUGAAACUUCUCAUUCAUUGUUGGCUGCGCCCUAGACUUGCGGUGUGACCUUAGCCAUGCUGCUUAUCCUUUCUGGAGAAUUUUCUUUUCCCCAUCUGUAGAAUGGGUGUGUUGGGCUGCGUCAUUACUGAGACAGCCCUGCCUCCCCUUGUCUGAGUCCCAGCUAUGUGUUUAUCUGCCCACUUCUGAGCGGCCCUGCUGGCAUCCCCGUCCCCGCCACCACCCCCCCACCACUCCGUGUUGACUUCCCCUUGGUGCUCCUCCUGGCUCUCUGGCUGUGUCCUCAGCCCCAGAGGCAGUCCCCAGAGCCAGAUGACUGCCGGUUCUCUCUGUAAUUAACCCCUGCCCAUGCCCAGAACGAGGGGCGCUGCAUUCCCUGUGCCCUGCGCAGACCAGCCGGUUUUCCUAGCACAGGGCCGGGCCGAGGUGACUGCCUCCACAGUGGCCACCUCCAGCCGGCCCAGCACAUUCCUCAGGCUUAUCUGGGGGCCCGCCCCGCCGGACUCUGCCCUCCCACCCAGGAAGCAGCACCCAGCGGAGCUGCUGAAGAGUUCCAGGGGCCGGGAGGAGAGCCUGAGUGGGCUUGAUUCGCAGCCUGCCUGGGGCUGGAGAGAAGCAGCAGGCGCCGGGCAGAGGAGCUGCUAGAACAAUGCUGAGGCGGGCGAGGUGAGGAGCGGCCGGCGCGGCCCCCCCGACGGAGCGUCGGGAACAGGUGAUCGGAGGAGCCGGAACCCCCGGCCACCUGGGCAGCCCUCCCCGCGCCCGCCCGGCGCCCCGGAGCCCCAGGUCGGGGUGGGGGGCAGCCAUGGCGACCAAUUUCAACGACAUCGUCAAGCAAGGCUACGUGAAGAUGAAGAGCAGGAAGCUGGGGAUCUACCGGAGGUGCUGGCUGGUGUUCCGGAAAUCCUCUAGCAAGGGGCCCCAGCGGCUGGAGAAGUAUCCCGAUGAGAAGUCCGUGUGCCUCCGAGGCUGCCCCAAGGUGACCGAGAUCAGCAACGUCAAGUGUGUCACAAGGCUCCCCAAGGAAACCAAGAGGCAGGCGGUGGCCAUCAUAUUCACUGACGACUCGGCACGUACCUUCACCUGCGACUCAGAGCUGGAGGCAGAGGAAUGGUACAAGACGCUGUCUGUGGAGUGUCUGGGUUCACGACUCAACGACAUCAGUCUGGGAGAGCCAGACCUCCUGGCCCCAGGAGUGCAGUGUGAGCAGACAGACCGCUUCAACGUCUUCCUCUUGCCCUGCCCCAAUCUGGAUGUGUAUGGCGAGUGCAAGCUGCAGAUCACCCACGAGAACAUCUACCUCUGGGACAUACACAACCCCCGCGUGAAGCUUGUCUCGUGGCCCCUCUGCUCACUGCGUCGCUAUGGCCGGGAUGCCACACGCUUUACCUUUGAGGCUGGCCGGAUGUGCGAUGCUGGGGAAGGGCUCUACACCUUUCAGACCCAGGAAGGGGAACAGAUCUACCAAAGGGUCCACAGUGCCACCCUGGCCAUUGCUGAGCAACACAAGCGUGUCCUGCUAGAGAUGGAGAAGAACGUGCGGCUGCUGAACAAGGGCACGGAACACUACUCGUACCCCUGCACGCCCACAACCAUGCUGCCCCGCAGCGCCUACUGGCACCACAUCACAGGCUCCCAGAAUAUCGCUGAGGCCUCUGGUUAUGCCGGUGAGGGGUAUGGGGCAGCCCAGGCCAGCUCAGAAACAGACCUCCUCAACCGAUUCAUCCUGCUAAAGCCAAAGCCCAGCCAGGGGGACAGCAGUGAGGCCAAGACCCCAGCCCAGUGACGGCAGGGCUGGUGCAUGGCAAGGAAUGCUGUGGGGCCCUGUGGUAGGGCCGCCUGCAGCCUACUGAGGACAGCCUUGGGGGCUGCUGGCCAAGAGCCUGGAGAAACGGAGCAAGUGGUCCUUUCCCUCCUCCCACGGGUGAGGCUGGACCAAGGCACAGGGCUGGCCACACCAACAGAGCAUGUGCAAGGGGCUGGAGCUACUGUGGGACUAUAUACUGUUAAUGAUUUUAAUAUAUAUGGCUUAUGACAUAUUCUAUAUUAAUGAGAUUCCCUCCCCCCUACACAUUUUUUAAUCCCAUGACCAGGUCCCAGUCAGGCUGUUUUUGAACAUGAGGGCAGCUGUUCCUGUCCUCUGGGACAGCCCUCCCUUUCCCCCUACUGCCCGGACGCGCUGGAGCUGCCGGGGCCUGAGGUGGUAGCCAGCUCUCCCCAGGCAGCCCAGCGGCUACAAUGGCAGGUGGCUCUCCCUUCCUCUGGGCCUGGAGCAGCAAAGGAAGGAUCAGAGCUUCUAUGGUGCCACUCGGCAGCCUUGCACUUGGGAGUUUUAAACAGAGAUGACAUCUGGUUGAUACCUCAGGUGAAAAUCUGGUUUUAAAAUGUAGUUUUUGCCAAGACUCCUUCCUGCUUAGUAUGCUCAGAAGAUACCCCAGGGUCAGGGGUGCUGGUUCCCUCAGCCAGGCAGAGGGUGGCCAGUCCCAAGCUCUUCCCUGCCUGAGGGCUGGCCGGGGAAGGCAGGACUGCUGUGGGGAGCACCCCUGCUGCCCCCUCUCACUGACCGAGGGCUGGCGAGGGCCCAGCAGAGGGAGCCCCUCUGCCCAGUUUGGCCACCCUCUGGUCAGCCUAAAGCACUCAGAAACGGAGCCCUUCCCACUUCCUCUUCCCCACAUGGUGCUGAGGCUCCCUGCUGAAAUGCAAUUAAAGCAAUUGAUUUUCUAGUGCUGGUAUUUAUUGACUACCUUGCAGAAGGGCUAUCUUUAUAUUCCCAUCAAACCUUUGGUUGCGUGUGUGGGUUUUUGUUUUGUUUUUUAAUACUUUGGGGUUCUGAUUUGUGGGAACAGACCCUGUUGUAAAUAACCACUAUUCAAGUUGUGGCAGGA